AUGGCUGGGCCAGAUCCGGGAAGCCCGCCUAUCGGCGUGCCGAUUUCCGACCGAGCCGCCUUUCUCACCCGUGUUUACAUCGGGGCCAACACCGUCCUCCUCGUUUUGUGUCUUGUCGCGUUUUCCACCCGCAUCUACCACCGGGUACGCCCAACAUGGCACGUCGGCCUCGACGAUUACUUUAUCACCGCCGGUUUCGCCCUCACAAUAACAGACUACGCCCUCCUCCUCCCCUCAGGUACCUCCUCCCCCGGCCUCCUGCCCUUCCCCGAUGCCCUCACCAUCGCCCGCAAUGCCUGGCUCGCCAUCGCCGUCUGGGGUCUCGCCAUGACCUGCACCAAACUCUCCAUCGCCCUCACCUUACUCCGCAUCUUCCAACGCACCGCCUCCCCCGUCCUCUGGCGCGUCUUCCUCUGGGCCACCAUCACGCUUCAAACACUCUACGGCGUGGGGAAUACCCUGUUUGUGCUUGCUCUGGCGUGUCGGCCGUUGGAGGCGGCGUGGGAUCCGAAUUUCGCCGCCGGCGACGGGGAAGGGGGUAAUGGGGGAGGAGGUGGGGGGUGUGUAGCGCCAGGGACGAUGAAGGCCGUGUCGAAUACGGGGAGUUCGAUUAAUAUUGCGACGGAUGUGUUGUUGUCUGUGGCGCCGGCGGUGGCGUUUUUGUGGACUUUGCAGCGGCCGUUGCGGGAGAGGGUGUUGGUGUGUGUGUUGAUGGGGAUGGGGUUGGUGGCGAGUGUUUUUAGUGUGAUGAAGACGGUGUUGGUGCAGAACUGGGUGAUUGGAAGGGAUUUGGGGUCGUCAUCUUCGGACGGCGAGGGGGAGGUGAUGGAUGUGUUAGCGCAGGGGAUCGCGAUUAGUACGUUUACGGUGCUGGAGCAGUUGUUGGGGGUGUUGGCGGCGUGUGUGCCUGCGAUGAAGGGGUGGUUGCAGAGGUGUUUGGGGGCGAUGGGGAUUCCGAUGACGAGGAGGAUGCCGUCGAGUGGAGAGGGUCAGUAUCGGAUGUCGAGGGGAUGGGGUACAGGGAGGGGGAAUGGGACGGGAAGGACGGCGACGAGUGCGAUGGUUGGAGAGGGGAACUUUGAGAGGUUGGAGUCGCAUGGGAAUAGUGAUUUGGCGGUGGGGAGGAACCCGAAUAAGGGGUUUGAUGAGGUGUCGAUUCCUAUGACGGAGUUGGAGGCACGGUCGGCUCACUCGGCUGAUGCUUGGCCGUCGGGGGAUUCGGAAAAGGGGUUGAGGAAUCCUAGGCCGGGGCCGGGGCAGGCGCUUUAG